AUGGCUCGCGGUCUUAGCAUCGAUAUCUCCCCGCCUGUGCAUCGCGGGAUGAAGGAGCUGGACAAAAGCGCCUUCUGCACGUCAGUGACGGUCCUUGCCGCCAAGGUGCCUCCGGCAAAGGCGGGCAAGCUGCUAGCUGCCAACGAGUUGAAAACGCUUGUGCUCUUGGGGUGCCAGGAACAAGGUGCUUCGCUUUCAUCUCUAUCUCGCUCUGGUAGACCAGGCGAAUUGCCGCCUGAAGCACAAGAAUACCUUAAGCAAGAAUCAGCAGAGAUUGUGCCUCACAAGCUAGACCUAGACUACGACUAUUGGAUUGCAGAUGAUAUCUUGGCCUCCAUCCUUCCCGAGGAGCUCGUGGAAGAGGCUCCGUCUGGAUUCGCCUCUGUCGGCCACAUAGCGCAUCUCAACCUUAAAGCCGAAUAUCUUCCGUACAAGCAUAUCAUAGGUCAAGUAAUUCUUGAUAAAAAUGCGGGCCAUAUCCGAUCCGUCGUCAACAAAACGAGUACGAUUGACACCAAGUACCGCGUCUUCAAGAUGGAACUACUAGCCGGAGAGUCCGACUUUAUCGUAUGCCAUCAUGAACAAAACUGCCAGUUUACGUUCGACUUCAGCGAAGUUUACUGGAAUUCGCGGCUGCAUACAGAGCACGGUCGCCUUGUCGAUUCAUUCAAGCCAGAAGGUGUCGUAGCCGAUGUCUUCGCGGGGGUAGGCCCCUUCGCUAUCCCGGCGGCGAAGAGAGGCUGUGGUGUCUUCGCUAACGAUCUGAACCCAGCAAGUUAUAAAUACCUCAAACAGAAUGUCAAGGACAAUAAGGUAGCAGAGCUCGUGAGACCAUUCUGCGAAGACGGCCGGAGUUUCAUCCGCUCGGUAUUCAAUCGGGCAUUCGAUGGUCCCUUCCGAGACCCUCCACCCAAGAAGAACAGCGCACAGCUGAGGCAGGAACGCCGGAAAAACUCGCCACCACCGGCGCCACGGCGGAGGCGCAUCACUCAGUUCGCGAUGAAUCUGCCCGAAUCGGCCAUCGAGUUUCUAGACGAAUUCCGUGGCGUGCUAGCAUCCGCGAACGGAGGCGAGCGGGCUUUGAGCGGGCUUUACGGCGCAGAGGACUCGGAGGCCAUGCCGAUGAUACACUGCUACUGCUUCACCCGAGAGCUGGAGCCAGAAAAGGCUGAGAUCGAUAUCCGGCAGGUACGGAGUAUCCCAUUUCUCACCAUCGUCGGCGUUGCUAAUGCAGGUACAUCUGCCAUUUGUUGUCAUAGAGAGUGGAGGACAAGUUGGGACAUUCGCUCGGGCAGGAGACAUCAUACCACUGGGUGCGAGAUGUACUGUAUCAGUUUCCGGCUACCUCACGCAGUGGCGUUCGCUGCGUGA